AAAAAAAACCCUUCACGGUUUACCCCUUAUCUGCGAGCUCCUCUUUGAAGGAGCCAUACCAGACACCACCAUCUUCUAACAAUGCUAAGUUGCAGAAACUUGUUAUUUUCUCGAAAGAGAAACAAGUUCAAGCCCAAAAACAAAGCCAAAAUCAGAACUACUCCAAGAAAAAAACAGCUACCCAUUUCAUUAAAUCAAGAAAAAAACAGCAACCCAUUUCAGCCAACAGAUCAAAUUCAAGAUUAUGAGCCAGUAUCAGAAGAUGACGAUGAUGUUCAAGGCUUUCGCCUUAAAAACACAGCUCCAUCUCACACUUCUUAUGGAGUCCAGCCAUUGGGCAAUCUUUACUUCAAUCCAGGCUCUUCCAAUUCAAGAAACAUUGGUCUAGGUAAUCUCCACGCCCUAACUGAUGAGCUUGUUCUUGACAUUCUUGGACUUCUUGAUGCUACCCAAUUGGGUAUUUUAGCCACUGUUAGCAAAUCUUUUUAUGUUUUUGCUAAUCACGAACCUUUAUGGAGAAAUCUUGUAUUAGAUAACUUAAAUGGUGGGUUUUUAUUUAAUGGGUCUUGGAAAUUAACCUAUGUUGGUGUUUUUUGCCAUUCAUUCGAUGUUUUGAGCACCGGGAUAUGUAGUGUGAAAGUUAGAGACUUUUAUUCUGAUUAUCUUUUCCAAAGUUGGUUAUGUGCUAAUCUUGAAAUGAAAUCUGAAUGGCUUGAGAGGGAUAAUAUUGUUAGAAAGAAGGGUCUUUCUGUUGAAAAAUUUGUUUCGGGUUUUGAGGAACCGAAUUACCCGGUGUUGCUUGAAGGGUGUAUCGAUAAUUGGAGUGCGUUGCGGAAAUGGGAUAGGGAUUAUUUAGUUAAGGUGUGUGGUGAUGUUAAGUUUGCGGUUGGACCUGUUGAAAUGAGGCUUGAGGAGUACUUUAGGUAUGCGGAUCAAGUGAGGGAAGAAAGGCCAUUGUAUCUAUUUGAUCCGAAAUUUGCGGAAAAGGUUCCAAUUUUGGGUUCGGAGUAUGAUGUGCCUGUGUACUUUAGAGAGGAUUUGUUUAGUGUUCUAGGUAACGAGAGACCUGAUUAUAGGUGGAUUAUAGUUGGCCCAGCAGGGUCUGGUUCGUCAUUCCAUAUUGAUCCGAAUUCAACGUCAGCUUGGAAUGCAGUGAUUAAAGGGUCUAAGAAAUGGGUGCUGUUCCCACCUGAUGUGAUACCGCCUGGGGUAUUUCCAAGCCCUGAUGGUGCAGAGGUGGCAUGUCCUGUUUCUAUAAUUGAGUGGUUCAUGAAUUUUUAUGAGGCUACAAAAGAGUUGAAGAAGCGACCAAUUGAGUGCAUCUGCAAGGCUGGGGAAGUUAUUUUCGUUCCCAAUGGAUGGUGGCAUUUGGUUAUCAACUUGGAAGAAUCUGUUGCCAUCACACAGAAUUAUGUCAGCAGGAGAAAUUUGUUGGAUGUUUUGGAGUUUCUUAAGAGGCCAAAUGCAAAUGAGUUAGUAUCAGGUACCCGAGACCGUGUGAAUCUGCAUGACAAGUUCAAGAAUGCUAUUGAAGCAACAUUUCCUGGAACCAUCGAUGGUUUGGAGCUUAAAGCUGAAGAGAAAAGGGCACAACAGAAAAAACCUUCAUUCUGGGACUCGGUAAUAGAUUCCCAUGCUGGAGCUUUCAAGUUCAGUUUCUAAAAAAGCACCCUUCAAAGAUACUUGUCAAAGGUAACAGACUAUUGAAUAACGCAACUAGUACAUUAUGCUAGGGCACCUAGUAUACUAUUCUAGUCUUUUUUGACUGUUAGCAAUUUAAACGACACAUAACUUCCAUAAAAAGAACAAUGAGAAAUAAUUUUGAUUUUGAUUUA